AUGAUCACCUCGGACAUCGCCCAGCUUAAAGGGACGCUGGCCGAAUGUGAGCUGCGCCGCGGGCUCGGCCUGGAGACGCCCUUGGAUGGCCCUCUGAACAAGCUGUGCAAGGUGUGCAAGGAGGUCAUCGACAUCAGCAGGAUCAGGGACAAGGGCAGCGAGGGCGAGGAUGCGCCCGCCAAGAAAAGCAGCAAGAAG